UUAGCACAACGUCUAAUUUCAUAUCCCUAAAUCUGCAAGUUGUGGGCCACAAAAUCAUGAAGGGCAUUAUCAAUGUGUAAAUCUUGACUGAAACACGUCAAAAAGUCUCAAUCAAGUUCCAUCAACAGGCGCAUGAAAAGGCUGACUCAAGAAUUUCCUGACCAGCCUCCCCACGGCACCGCCUCACCAUUUUUAUUUAUUUACAUAUUCCUUCACUUCUGUAACUAUACGAUUGAUUCCAAAACUCUCUAAUUAACGCCAAUGCUAUUUUGCUUCCUCUUUUUAUAGCUCUUCUUAUUAUCCGGCGAUGGCCACACCGCCGGCGACUAUGCCUGAUGUCGACAUGGAUUCCAAUCCCUUGCUGUCAGGGGUUCUUUCGCAAACCAAUAUGGGCACCACCAAAAAGCAUAGAAGGCGCCGAUCGGCCAGCAGGCCAUCGCCAGCACCGUCGCAGCCGCUACGUCGGCAGUCUUUUAGCCGAGAUAUAGGCCACGCAGCCGCCGAGACUUAUCUCGUCACUCGCCUCAGCUUUAAGCUUCUUCGAUAUCUUGGGGUAGGCUACCGGUGGAUGACUAGACUUGUUGCCCUUGGUUGUUAUGCCAUGCUACUAAUGCCAGGGUUUCUUCGAGUUGCAUAUUACUAUUUCUUCUCAAGCCAAGUUCGGCGAAGUGUUGUCUAUGGUGAUCAACCCAGAAAUAGGUUGGAUCUCUAUUUACCAGAAAACAAUGAUGGACCAAAACCAGUUGUGGCAUUUGUAACUGGUGGAGCCUGGAUUAUUGGGUACAAAGCAUGGGGCUCUCUUCUAGGACAGCAGUUAGCAGAAAGAGACAUCAUGGUGGCAUGCAUCGACUACCGAAAUUUUCCUCAGGGGACCAUCGGCGAUAUGGUAAAGGAUGUUUCUCAGGGGAUCUCAUUUGUGUGCAACAAUAUUGCUGAAUAUGGAGGCGACCCCAACAGGAUUUAUCUAAUGGGGCAAUCAGCUGGUGCACAUAUUUCUGCUUGUGCUCUCCUAAAUCAGGCAAUCAAGGAGUCCAGGGAAGGAGAUAUCAUGUCUUGGAGUGUUUCUCAGAUAAAAGCUUAUUUUGGUUUAUCUGGAGGGUACAAUUUAUUCAACUUAGUCGAUCACUUCCAUAGUCGAGGCCUGUAUCGCUCCACCUUCUUAAGCAUUAUGGAGGGGGAACAAUCUUUGCCACAAUUUUCUCCUGAAAUUAUGAUAAAAGACCCAACCGUUAGAAGUGCUGUCUCUCUCCUCCCACGGAUUAUCCUUUUCCAUGGAACAAUGGAUAAUUCUAUACCAUCAGAUUCCAGUAAAGCUUUUGCAGAUGCGCUUGAAGGCGUAGGUGCUGAAGCUGAACUUAUUUUAUAUGAAGGAAAAACUCAUACAGAUUUAUUUCUUCAAGACCCUCUGAGAGGUGGUAAAGAUGAGCUGAUUGACUAUGUGGUUGCUUUCAUACACUCAGGAGAUGCAGAAGCUCUUGCUAAGGAUUCCAUGGCACCUCCCAGAAAACGACUUGUUCCUGAGUUGCUUCUAAAAUUGGCUGGCAAGAUUAGCCCCUUUUAAGCCUUUCAUUUCUCAAGGUUGAUUGCUACUUUCCAGCCUUUUCAAGGCUGUUAUCAUAAUUCAUCGGGUUUGUAAUCAUAUCCCCUUACAUGAUGAUACUCAAUUCUGUGGGGAAUCUUAAAGAACUAGGAUUGUAUCUGGUUAUUUUGUUGCUGCUCCCUGGGAGAAUGAAUGCCUAACUGUAUGACAGGGAUCAUAAAUGUUGUUAAAAAAUUAUUUUUCUCAGCAAUGAAGAGACUUGGUGAGGUCAUUAUAAAAUCUCAUCAGUGUUCAGCACUUUGUGGUGAACCCA